AUGAAGACAUUCGUUGCUCUCGCUGCUGCUUUGGCCGCAACGAUCCCCUUCUGCAGGGCUGAUGAUGUCAGCGCUACCGAGCCCAUAGUCGCCUUCAUGCAGCAGGAUGCCGCUGUGGAGGCUCUGCAAGCCGAUGAGCCCACCGCUGUAGCCGUUGAGGAAUCUGAGGGUGCGACUCCCCGCGUAUUCUUUCUAGACAAGCUCCUUGCAAAGUUCCUUCUGGCCAAGCUUACAGCAGCAAAGACCCAAGCUCCCACGACCACCGAACAUCACCACACCCAUCUCUACCCCACCACCACCAUAACCACCCUCAUUACCCCUUCUACCCCUACUACUAACAUGAGUACCCAGAACUUCCAACCUUGGUAA